AUGAGCAAUAAUGAUGAAAUUUGUACUUAUUCAAAAUGUAUAGAAGAUCUACCCGAAGAAAUUUUAUUACGUAUUUUUCGAUAUCUUUUACCUUAUAAAGAUUAUUCAUCUAUUCGACUUGUUUGUCGACAAUGGGAAAGACUUGGACGUGUAACUAAAGAUUGGCGUAUGAACAAUUUUUAUAAUAAUUUAUCAUUAUCAACAUCACCAGUUUCUAUUCAUUGGCAUUUAAUUGAUCCACCAAAAAAAUUUAAUUUAAUACCACGUUUUUCACAUUCAGUUUGUUAUGUUGAUUCAAAACGAAUGUUAUAUGUAUUUGGUGGUAAUCGUGAUAUGGCUACAUCACUUAAUGAUUUUUGGUGUUUAGAUUUAUCAACACGAAAUUGGGAAAGAAUUUUAGCAACCGGAAGUUAUCCACCACCAAAAUGUUCAUCAACAUUUAUUGAUGAUGAACAAGGAAAUUUAUUAUUAUUUGGUGGUCGUUCAAUGAUUUAUAUUGAUGAUAUACAUAUGCGAGAACAACUUCAUCAUGAACUUCAUUCAUAUUCAUUAGAAAAAAAUACUUGGAAUUUACAUAAAAAUUUAAAUGAACCUGGACCUAUUUGUGAUCAUAGUGCAUCAAUUAUUAAUAUUAAUAAUCAAAAACGAAUGAUUAUUUUUGGUGGUUGUAUGAUAAUAGAUGAUCAAUAUCAACAAUCAACACCUCAAAGAACAAAUGAUUUAUGGCAAUGGACAAAUACUUGGACAAUGAUUCAUGUUAAUGGAACUAAACCAGAACCAAGAAAAGGUCAUUCUCAAUUUACAUUAAAUUCUGAAAAUAUUUUAAUUAUUGGAGGUUCAUCUUUAACUCGUGUUUGUCGUGAUGUAUGGCUUUUUUCAUUUCAAACAAAUCAAUGGACACAAAUAACAGUUAAUAAUCAAUAUCCAAAUGAUUUUGCACCAAGUAAUGAUGAUUUAUCUUAUUUAUCAUUCUGUAUGGUAUUACCAUCACAAAUAUUAAUAACAUUUGGUCGAUUAAGACGGCAUCCAACUGAAAAUGAACGUCAUACAUAUAGUCAAUAUGAUUUUUCUCAUUGUGAUAAAAAAUCUCGCGAAGAAUUAUUGCUUGCAUCAUCAUCAUCUCUUCCAAGUAGUUCAAGUGAUGAAAAUGAUGAAACAAAUCGUUAUUCAAUGGUACAUAAACGAUUACAAUUACCACUUAUAAAUAAUAAAUAUAAUAUGAUGGAUAUAUCAAGUGGUUUUCAAAUGUAUCGACUUGAUAUAUCAAAUUUAUUUUCAUUAAAUCCAUGUGUUACAUGGUUACCAUCAAAAUCUACAUCUGUAUUUGGUAGUCCAUCACGUUCAUCACUUUAUUAUUCAUUAAUAUAUGCUCGAAGUGAAUUUAUUCUUUUUGGUGGUAUAGAAAAAAGAAAAUUAUGUUUACAAAAACAUUUUUCAGACAAAGAUAAUCGAUCUCAAUCGAUAUCUGGCACACUUGCUUUUAUUACACUGUCAAAUAUUGCUUUAUAG